UAUUACAUAAAAACUUAACGGUUCUUAGAGAUCUAUUAUCGAUUUAAGCAUAUAUCCUCAUUUGUCUUAAUCGGCGUACGUAUAUUCAAAAGAUAAAAGCGAUCCGAAACACAUCUCCACUCUGAAACUUAAAUUGUACUUGUAAUAACGGACGAAUGAAGAAACAAAAAAGUUUUCUUAUCUGUUCGAGUACCGAACACGUGGACGCUACAAUGCUUCGCAAUUAAAACUCCAUUUCGGCGGAAUUUUAAUUAUUAUAAUCGUUGAUUUUGAAAUGAGUGAACUAAUAAGGCAAAUAGUUUUAUUAGGAUGCAACCGUUUAUUCGUUUUCUGCAUGGUUGCCUGGUUAGUGUUUCUUCUUAUGGUCUUUUUGCCCUUUUUGAAUUCCCAUUCCCAAACAAUUAUCGAUACUAGCACAGCAGAAAAGCUGAAGAGUGUCAAAUCUGAUUUAGAAAUUCUAAGGAAACAAAAUUUGGAGCUUCAGACAAUCAUUAAGUAUAUUAACGUGGGAGAUUUAAAGUCGAAUUUAGACCCUGAAAGCGAAUUUUUUAUUGAGAAGGAGGAUCCCAAUUCACAAUAUGAAAUAACUCGUAGGAGGGUUGAAAAUGGAAUAAAAGAAUGGUGGUAUUUUAGUAAUUCGGAACUAAAAAAACUGAAAAACGACACAAAUAAUGCUAGUCCUGAUUUCUCAAGUUCAAUUAAUAAAAUUAUGACUCUUGGACUUGAACAUGCACGAUCUCUUUUGCAUGACAUUAAUUUUCUAUCAGAAGCUGAUGGUUACGCAAAAUGGAGAGAAAGAGAAGCAGAAAGUUUAAGUAAUAUUGUCCAGGAAAGACUUAAGUAUUUGCAAAAUCCUUCUGACUGUGCAAAUGCUAAAAAACUCAUUUGCAAUAUUAAUAAGGGAUGCGGAUAUGGAUGUCAAAUACAUCAUUUGGUAUAUUGUAGCAUAGUUGCUUAUGGCACUCAAAGAACCCUUAUUUUAAAUUCGAAGGGCUGGAUAUACAAUAAAGCAGGCUGGGAAACAAUAUUUAAACCUGUAAGUGAUACUUGUACAGACCCAGGUGGAGCAUCAGUUAAGGAAUGGUCCGAGCAUCCUGACGCCCAGGUUGUCAAUUUAACAAUAAUUGAUUAUGUUCAACCAAAGCCUAAGUUUAUUCCUCCAGCUGUUCCUAAAGAUUUAGUUCUUAGAUUAGCUAGACUUCAUGGUGAUCCAGUCAUUUGGUGGAUAGGUCAAUUUUUAAAGUACCUCCUCAGGCCUCAGGAAGCUACUGAAAAACUGUUAAACGAUGCUACAAAAAAGAUGAAUUUUGCUAAACCAGUUGUAGGAAUCCACGUUAGACGGACUGAUAAAAUUGGAACAGAAGCCUCAUUUCAUAGCAUUGAAGAAUACAUGACAGCAGUUGAAGAUUAUUACGAUGCACUGGACAUGUCAGAGGAUAAUGUUAGAAGAGUUUAUAUUGCAUCAGACGAUCCUACAGUAAUUACAGAAGCUAGAGAAAAGUAUCCAAAUUAUGAAAUUUUAGGAGACCCGAAAAUUUCUAGUUCUGCUGCUGUUGAAACUCGAUAUACAGAAGAUUCACUGAAGGGAAUUAUAUCAGACAUACACUUUUUAUCACAAAGUGACUACCUAGUUUGUACAUUUUCUUCACAGGUAUGUCGCCUUGCCUAUGAAAUAAUGCAAACCAAAUAUCCCGACGCUUCGGCUCGUUUUCGUUCUUUGGAUAAUAUUUUUUAUUACGGAGGUCAAGAUAGUUAUUAUCAUGUCACAGUAGUACCCCACAAAGCCGAAGACCCCAAUGAGAUCGACUUGAAGGUAGGCGAUUUGGUGGACGUAUCUCAAAACUACUGGAACGGAUACAGUAAAGGACGUAACAUGCGAACGUUAAAGUUGGGAUUGUUUCCGAGUUUUAAAAUUAAAAAUAGUAUAAAGUCUGUCACAUUUCCAACUUAUUCUGAAAUUAAUAAAGAGCCCGACAAUUAG